ACCUGACGUACCACAGACGUACUACGACAGCCUUUUCUAAAAUGGCGCUACUAUCACAGUUUUGACAGUAUCUUGAAGAAAAGUUUUUUCUGCGCUCAAAAACACUCAACGUGUUGGUUCUGCUGUGCUGUCCAUGUGUUUAGUGUCAACGUUGUUGGCAUAGUGUUCUCGCAUCAAAAGCAGAACUUGCAACAUGGAAGCAGCUGCAGUGGAUGUAGACAUGGAGAAAGAAGUCACCAUUGCAUCUAGGCUUGAGAACCCUUUUCACAUUAAAGCUAGCAAAGAGACCGAAGAGGAAAAUCAGAAUGAAAAUAAAGAUUUGGACUGUGAAGGCAAAGUUUGGCCAGCGGUAGAAGCUGAUGGCAACCUUGCAUCAAGGCCAUGUGACAAUAGCAUCAUCGAUUCACCUAGCUCAGAGGCAUGUUCUAGUGGUACUGCUGGAGAGAGCUGUGGGAUCACAGAGAGGCCUGGGGACCCUUCUAGCAUGCCAGCUAGCAAUGAUAUAGUAAAGCAAUCAAAGAAAGAUGAAGUAAAAGUUGAAGAUGAAGACUUAAAAGACGCAGAAGGAAAUGGUGACUACACUUCUACGCCACGUGACAGCAACAUUUUGGAUUCAACUAGCUCUGAGCUGCGUCGUCCUGUUCAAGGUAGCUAUGUGACUUCCAAAGAGCCCCAGUACUCUUCCGACGUUAAAACUGGCAAAAAAAUACUACAUUCAGAAGAACAGAAGAAUGAAGACAAGGAUGUUAAAGAAGUUUGGCCCAAGGCAGAAGACAGUAGGGUUGCAUGCAAGUCUUCCCACAGUAACACUGCAGAUUCUACCUGUUCUGAGCCAAGUGGCAGUGGUGGUGUGAAAGAGGGCUAUGCAGCUUUAACAGAGCCUCAGACCUUUUCUGACAGUAAAAUCAAUAAUACUGCAGAACAGUCAGCAGAAGGAAAUAGUGCUAGUGAGGAUAAGAAUAGCAUUUGCAAAGUUCUGUCAAAGCUGGGUGAAGAGGACAGCCUUGCACCUAAGCCAUGCAGCAGUAAUCUUGUAGAAUCAACAUGCCCUGAAAUAAACUGUAGCAGUGCCACUGAUGAGACCACUGUGCGCUCAGACAAUCCACAUGGCUUUUCCUCAUUUGUACCUAGGGAAAACAAAGCAGGAAAACAAGGUGAAAAUGACAAUGAAGGACAUGGCUCUUCCUCCAUUGAACCUAGCAAAAAUGAAACUGGCAAAGAAGAGCAAAAGGACAGGGAAGGACAUUGCUCUUCUUCCAUUGAAUCUAGAAAAAAUGAAGCAGGAAAAGAAGGGCAAAAUGAUAGUGAAGGACAUGAUGCUUCCUGCACUGAACCUAGAAAAAACAAAGCAGGAAAUGAAAAGGAAAAUGAUAAUGAAGGACGUGGCUCUUCCUCCAUUGAACCUAGCAAAAAUGAAACUGGCAAAGAAGAGCAAAAGGACAGUGAAGGACAUUGCUCUUCUUCCAUUGAAUCUAGAAAAAAUGAAGCAGGAAAAGAAGGGCAAAAUGAUAGUGAAGGACAUGAUGCUUCCUGCACUGAACCUAGAAAAAACAAAGCAGGAAAUGAAAAGGAAAAUGAUAAUGAAGGACGUGGCCCUUCCUCCAUUGAACCUAGCAAAAAUGAAACUGGCAAAGAAGAGCAAAAGGACAGUGAAGGACAUUGCUCUUCUUCCAUUGAAUCUAGAAAAAAUGAAGCAGGAAAAGAAGGGCAAAAUGAUAGUGAAGGACAUGAUGCUUCCUGCACUGAACCUAGAAAAAACGAAGCAGAAAAUGAAAAGGAAAAUGAUAAUGAAGGACGUGGCUCUUCCUCCAUUGAACCUAGCAAAAAUGAAACUGGCAAAGAAGAGCAAAAGGACAGUGAAGGACAUUGCUCUUCUUCCAUUGAAUCUAGAAAAAAUGAAGCAGGAAAAGAAGGGCAAAAUGAUAGUGAAGGACAUGAUGCUUCCUGCACUGAACCUAGAAAAAACGAAGCAGGAAAUGAAAGAAAUGAUAAUGAAGGACGUGGCCCUUCCUCCAUUGAACCUAGCAAAAAUGAAACUGGCAAAGAAGAGCAAAAGGACAGUGAAGGACAUUGCUCUUCUUCCAUUGAAUCUAGAAAAAAUGAAGCAGGAAAAGAAGGGCAAAAUGAUAGUGAAGGACAUGAUGCUUCCUGCACUGAACCUAGAAAAAACGAAGCAGGAAAUGAAAAGGAAAAUGAUAAUGAAGGACGUGGCUCUUCCUCCAUUGAACCUAGCAAAAAUGAAACUGGCAAAGAAGAGCAAAAGGACAGUGAAGGACAUUGCUCUUCUUCCAUUGAAUCUAGAAAAAAUGAAGCAGGAAAAGAAGGGCAAAAUGAUAGUGAAGGACAUGAUGCUUCCUGCACUGAACCUAGAAAAAACGAAGCAGGAAAUGAAAAGGAAAAUGAUAAUGAAGAAUGUGGCUCUUCCUCCAUUGAACCUAGGAAACACGAAGGAGGUAAAGAAGAUAAUGAUGGUGAAAGUGAACAUGGAGAUCUCAAAGGCAACCUUCAGCCACCGGUGGAGAAACCUGCUAACAAUUCAUCUGAGCAAUGCGACAGCCAAGCAUGUGUCAAAGCAUCAAGUAGUUUUGAACCAUGUAGUCAUGCUGUAGAUGACCAUGUGCUUUCAAAGGAGCCUGAGAACUCAUCUUUCACUGAAACAAGUAAAGAAGUAACAGAACAAGAAGAGGAAAGUGAAGAUGAAGAGGGAAGUGAUGAUGAAGCAGACCAGGAAGGGAAAUGUCAUCCUAGUGUGUCAAAGUUUCUUCAUCGCUACAUAAAAAUUGGCAAGUACACACCAGCACCUAUGUCGAAGGCCGGUGACUUUCGCAUGAAAAAGUCAGACACUCUGCUUGAAGCUCCUUCGUUGGUGACGCCCUUACUCAUAAAAAGACCAGACUACUUUUUGGCAGAAAACACAAACUCUGAGGGAAAACGAGAACGAAAAAGAGUGUUGCCUUUGGGGAAAGGUGGGAGCUCUGCUGAUGACUUCUUUGGAAGCACAGCUGGUGAAUUCUUCAUUGGUAUCGGCUUGAGCAGAGCAAAAGAAGUGUACAACCGAGAGCAAUUAAGGCACAAGAAAUGUGAGAUAAAGAAAGCAGGUGACUGUGCACAAGAGGUGAUCGAUGACUGUCGAAGGCUGGCUGAAGUGCACCAAAAAUUCAGAAUUGCAAAUGCUCCUUACAAUUUUAAAAUGAAGUCGUGCAGAUUAUGUGAUUUUAAGACUGAAUCAAGCCUUGUUCUAGAAGGCCACCUACUGACGCCACACUUGACACCACGACGGGAGCUUCGGUGCAGCUUUUGUGGCUUUACAACUCGUGAUAGGGAAGCUUUUGUAUUCCAUGUGGAGGCUAUGCACAACCGACAGACAACUGUAGAGCCCCCACUGCUUCUUCAUCAGUGCCCUUUUUGUCCUUUUGAGACCAAUCUGAAAACGAAGGCUACAUCCCAUGUCAGUCGUUGCGAAAAAGUUUUCAGUAUUGCUGCGAAUCAGCAGCUCUCUUGUGACUUUCAGCCUCCAGGAAUCACAGCUAAGCCCAUCACAUUAGAUGAUGUCAGGAGUUAUGAAAAAAUAUUGUUGACAUUAGGCCGCAAUGCUAAAGGUCCACAGAAGGGCUCUUGUGCUGCACGUAGUCAAAAUGGAGCUCCUGCACUGUUAGCGCCUCGGGGAAAAGUGCCACUGGCACCCAAAAAACCAAGAUCAGCUCCCUUGCUAAAUCAUAAUCAAGGACAAAUACAUUCUAGGCUAGGAUUGAUCCGGCCAGAUUAUUUAUCGAACCAAGUGUUCCAAUUUAUAGGGAGUGAUUCAAAGCUUAUCCCACUGCACAAUGGAAGCACCAGGCAGACUCUGGCUCUUGCUCACACACCUUCCUACAUGGCAAAUUUGCAUAUUCGUGCCCCAGCUCCUGUGCAAGCCCAGCAGCAGACACAACCACAAGCACCUAAAUCCUUGGAGGCCGCUGGCUCAAGUGUCCCUUUUGUCGUUUGUGAGAUCUGUGAUGGCUACCUCACAGACUUGGUGCACCUGCGUUUGCACAUGCACCGGAUACAUCACCUGGUGAUCCAUCGUGCCACGCUGACCCAUCGCCCGCCACUCAACUGUCAGAAGUGUGAGAGGCGUUUCUUCACUGACCAGGGGCUGGAACGCCAUUUGCUAGGUGCUCAUGGCAUGGUCACACCCAACAUGCAGUCCUUGGCCAAACAUGGUAAAGAUGCUGGCCGUUGCCCGGCAUGUGGCCGCAUGUAUGCUACCAAGCUGGUUUCGCACAUGAGUGAGGUGCAUAAAAUGACAAUAAGGUUGGCCACCCUGUCCUACAAAUGCACAGUCUGCGCUGCAGUGUUUGACCUCUAUCAGCAUUUUGAAAACCAUGUACGCAAAGUACACGCUAAGGCCCCAAACAAGUCGUCUGCAGCAGCCUUAAAGGACGCCCCUGCGAAGAUGGCAUUGUCGGCUCAAGCCUCUACUCCCACAACAGCUCAGCACAAUUCCUCAAAACGACCAUGCUUGCCUGCAGCCUCUACUCCCACAACUGCUCAGCACAAUUCCUCAAAGCGACCAUGCUUGGCUGCAGCCUCUACUCCCACAACUGCUCAGCACAAUUCCUCAAAGCGACCAUGCUUGGCUGCAGCCUCCACUGCCGCACCACCCAAGCCCAAUUCUACAAAGCAGCUAUUCAUGGCUCUAACGUCUAGUCCUGUAACUUCUGAUACCAAUUCUGCCAAGCGGCCACUCUUGGCUUCAACUUCUAGUCCUGCAAGUGCAAAUUCUAGUUCUGCAAAAUGGCCAUUUUCGGCUACAGCCUCUACUUCUGCAACUGCCAAUCCCAAUUCUGCUAAGCGACCAUGCUUAGCUGCAGCCUCUACACCCACAACAGCCCAGCUCAAUUCUGAAACACAGCUUUUCUUGGCUCUAACGUCUAGUCCUGAAAGUUCUGAUAACAAAUCUACAAAGCAGCCAAUCUUGGCUUCAACCUCUAGUCCAGCAAGCUCAAAUUCCAGUUCUGCUAAACAGCCAUUCUUGGCUAGAGCCUCUACUUCUGCGGUGGCUAAGACAGUAGCCAUUCCUGCAACUGGUGCACCUAGUUCUGAGAUGAAGCCAAUUGCCUGUUUGCCAGCAGACCAGCCUACAAAGCAGCCACUCUCGGCCCUGGCCACUGUGGCUACAGCAGUCACUAAGGCAACAAGUGUUCUAACUGUUGAAUCACAUUCUAAGCUGAAAGAACGCUCGAGCAUGUCGGCAAAUCCUGUCUGUAAGCCUGCGGUGUCUGAAAUAAAGGUGGAACAGGCAGUUGAUAUGGAAGUUGCGCCCUCUGUACCACUGGAGCUAGACGAGCCUGUACUUGGUUGGUGUGUGACGUGUAAGGAGGGUGUAGAGGACUUGGCUGAACAUCUGAAGGACAAACACAUGCGGCAGUGUCAUGUUCGUGUAUGCCGCAUUGAGAGGUGUGACCUGUGCCUGUCAUCAUUUCGUGGCCUAAUAGUGGUGACCACAUCAGACGUCGAGGAUGAGGACAGUUCAGAGGAGGACGGGGAGGAAGAUGACAGUGAAAAUGAUUAACCUGCAACUCUGGAAACAGUGGACCUGGAUGGGCCACACAGUGCUGAGCCAAUGAAUGUGGAAGAGGCUCACUGCCCAAAGAGUAGCCCGACGAGGCCGUGUGUGGGGAAGGACCUUGUCCAAGUCCAUAGGAGUGCAUUUUGCAGUUCUCGAACCCUCGCUGUUGAAGCAGAGGUUCCCAGACUCCUUUUUACAGUAUCCUUAGGGCUUUCACAACGUGUUGAGGCAAGCACAUUGGGUACUAUAAACUUAAUGUACUUGCCUACCAAGAUAUUCUUAAGCGUAGAAAGGAUUCGAAGAUUAGUAAACAUCCACACCUGAUCAGUCACAUUGUUACCCAGAUUAUUAUGUAAAAAUGCAUCCAUACAUGUUCAAUCAAGUGGCAGCUGAAGAUUUGUUGCAAUCAAAUCAAAUGAACAUCAUUAGGAACGGAAUAAUGCAUACGUUACAGUAGUGAAAAAAGGAGAACAAUUGGGACACAUCCAUUUAGGUCAUUUGACUCUAAAUGUGUUCUGCAAAACCUUAGAAUUUCACAGAGAUCAGUAUGGGAACCUCUGACUUACAAGCCUAUAAAUAAUCAUUGGUCUGCUUACCCUGCAAGGGGAUGCAGAAGAGCUGGGUUGAGUUCUUCUGUUGCACAUAUUGCCUUGAAUUAUUUGCUGCUGUCCUGCUGUGUUCACAAUAUUUAAUUGAUGUCUUCUUGUGGUAAAGUAGAACACUGAUUCUUGUUGCAUAAAUUGUAGGCUGUCACUCCUGUGUUCAGCAAUGUGCAGCGAGUGGCAGCAGCAGCAUUCAUCCAGUUUGCUUGCGACUGUGCACAUUGUCCUUUCUCUCGAUGUGCUUGUCGUUGUUAAUAAGGCUUAACUUGCAAUUUAGUGGUUUCAGUACUGUUUGUAUAAUUUAUAGAUUGUACUGUCAUAGCGUUUUGUAUUUUCAUCACUUAUGUGGUAAGGUGGAGGAGGCUUCCAACUUUGCCUUCAUAGUUUUUGUCCAUUCCAUUUAUGGCGUGUCAAAUAUUAGUUUUGUUUGAAUACUGUAAGUGAAAACCAAAGUUCCUGCAGUCUGCAAGGAGAAAUGUUGAUGCAAGUGUAUACUCUUCUGAUCGAGUGAUUCAGGUGCAGAAGAAUUGCAGUAUGUGUGCAGGCGAUCCAGUUACUGUGUCAUGUGAACACAGAUGUGAACUAUGCAACUUAUCAUGUUCUCCUUCUGCUUAAUAAAUUAAAGCAGCAAGCACUGCCUGAAGAUGGG